AUGGAAGAUGGCCGAGAGAUCGCCACCGACAAGAUCGACAUUCAAUUGAAAGAAAUCAAGAGCGAGAACCCCUACAAGCCAUGUGAACGGGAGCCAUCAGUGAAGAGCAAUGGUUGUGGAAAAGACGAAGAAGAAAAUGGCAUUCAACUAAGAGUGUAUCGACGACGAUGGAUGAUUUUGCUGGUGGUCGCCUUGCUCAACAACACGAACACGAUCUCUUGGAUCGCCUACGCGUCUGUGUCGAACAUUGUCAACAUUUUCUAUGAAGGCGACUGGGCUGGAUAUUUCUCCGUCGUUUACAUGGCCGUCACGAUUCCUGUCGGAUUCCUCGCAAUGUGGCUGAGCAGAAAAUUUGGAUUGCGGACAGCUAUUUUGAUUGCAGCAUGGACAAAUGGGAUUGGUGGCUUCAUUCGAUUCUCCGCCUCAUUCUUAGCUAACCCCUAUCGAGGAUACGUUGCGCUUAGUGGACAAGCCAUUGCUGCUAUUGCUUAUCCUUUUAUCAUGUUCUUGCCAACGAAGGUUGCCGGCGCUUGGUUCAGUGAGAAGGAGCGCGGACUUGCCACCACAAUUGGGGUGAUGUCGAAUCCACUCGGUGUCUUCAUGGCUAGCGUCAUUUCACCUGCAAUGGUAACAGCACCUGCCCAUGUCGUCUUCUUGAAUGCGUUCACAUUUGUCCCAUCGAUUGCUGCCGCUAUUCUAGCUACAAUUGUUGUCAAACGAUCCGAGCCAAAAAUUCCACCAACUUUUUCUGCCGGAGUGCAACAGAUGGAUUUUGCUGCUGGAUUCGCUGCUUGUUUCAAGAACGUGCAAUACAUCAUUCUUCUGGUCGUAAUGGGUGGCGGUAUCGGAAUGUUCAAUUGUCUCUACACAGUUAUCUCGGAAUUAUUGUGCCCAUCAGGAUACAGUAAUAGCUUUGCCGGAUUGUGUUCGGCUUUGAUGAUCGUCGGUGGAGUCUUUGGAGCUACAGCUUCAGGUAUUAUUGUUGAUCGUACUGGACGUUAUGCCGAAACAAUCAAAAUUGCAAUGGCAGUAGCUGUGAUUUUUGGUCUCACUUUCCUUCAGUUGACUCUUCGACCAAAUCUUCAUUGGCUGAUCGUUCCCACUGUUUUGCUCUUUGGUGUGCUUGGAUUGGCGACUUAUCCUGUUGGUCUUCAACUCUCGGCCGAAUGCACUUAUCCUGUUUCUGAGGAGACCUCCACCGGGUUGAUCGUUUUGAUGGGACAAAUUCAAUCCUUGUUCUACGUGUUGACCAUGCGAUUUUUGUACCGCGACAUUGGCCAAGAUCGGGAAAAGAUUCAGGUUUGCCGAGUUGACGAUAACGAUAAGGCAAACAAGCCAAGUGAUGCCACCGUUUCAAUCAUGGUCUUUUCGGUGAUUGCUGCUCUUCUUGCUUUGUUGUUGAUCGGUCUCUUCCGUCCCGUUUACAAGAGAAUGGAGGCAGAAAAUGCCAAUAGAGCCAAAGCCGAUAAGGACAAGGAAAUCGCACUUGCCGAGAAGAAGCUCAACGCUGGACUCCCCAACGAGAAUACGACCACGACACCGCUCACUGCU